CCUUCAACACUAAUUACAGAACCAACAGAACCCCUGAGAGAAAACAGAGAGAAAAUGGGAAGCGAAAGGUCGAAUCGCAGAUUGGCUCCUAAAGUUCUGUUCUUCUUGGUCAUCAUGUUCUUGAGUUCGAACCCAGUGAGCUCACUAACAUGUCAGGAGGUCCUGAAAGUUGUGUUUCCCUGUUUAUCAUUUGCUUUGGGCACGAUUCCGCCUCCGCCGAGUGCCGAGUGUUGUUCGGGUGCGCAAACCUUGGCGAGCAUGGUGACUACCACCGAAGAUCGCAGGACCCUGUGCCACUGUUACCAGAACAUCCCGCCUGGAAUAGGGAUCAAGCCCGAGAGAGUCCAAGAGGUCCCUCAGUAUUGCAAGGUUAAUGUGACCAUCCCAACAGACCCUAAUGUUGAUUGCAACAGCAUUCCGUGAAGGAGGAAAUCUUCAUAUGGGUCCUGAUUUUCAAGUCAAGACGUUUGCGGAGAGCAGAUUUUUACACAUCGCCAAUGUCUUUACAUUUUCGUGUGACAAUCAAAUAAGCAAUGUGAACGAAGAGUCCGCAAUUUUCUUA